UUUGAUUACGGAAUACCACACAGACCAACAGACCCGCUGCAACCGAGUGGCGACAGACUAGUCAUGAUAUUCUGCUGGCACGUGGUAACUACAGUUCUGUCUAUUGCAGCCAAAUCUGACUUCACCUGUACUUCCUAUUGCAUGAAAAAAUAGCGUCUAAUAUUAUAGAAGAAGUCUCUCGAGUGAAGAGGGUUUCGUAUCGAACAGAACCUUGACGUUUUUGUCUAAUUGCAGAGGAGUUCGUAGCGAUCCCUAAUGCAAGCUACUGGGAGAGAGAGCUAUGAAUGUGAAUCAGGAUCAGUUGUUUUCGGCUCUGAAGAAGGAUGUACGAUCCUUGUUGGUCUCGGCCAAAUUGGGCGUUGCACCAGAACAGCUCAAGCGGGACUACCAGAAUUUACUCGGUCACCCCCUACCACUAAGGAUACUUGGAUUUCGACAUGUACUUGACAUGGUUAAAGAGAUGCCUGACGUUGUUCAUGUGGUCUAUGGACAAGAUGGCAGUAUGAGGUUGAAAGCUGUUGUAGAUGAAACCACAAGAGGUAUUCAGGAGCUAGUGGCUAAACAGAAAACCCCUAAGGGAAAGCCUGCUCCACGGCGGACUUUUGGGUUCUUUGGCACCAGCAGACAGCACUACCCCCAGAGCAAUUCAAUCAUCAUGCCCCGGCGAGUCACUGGCCCUCCACCACUCCCUGCACAUCUUCGUAGCCAGCUCCGGCAGCUUCUGUCUCAGGGCCCGCUGAGGUUGUCUGAGUUAGAGCAACGCUAUGCCCACCGCUUUGGACGACGGCUGCAGCCGGAAUUGUGUGGCUAUUACUCGCUUGCUGAGAUGCUCGCUGCCUCUGCUGAUCUGAUUGCCAUUGAACAGAGCCGGAGUGGGUCCCUGCUCAAGCUGAAGACCUCUAUUACACCACUGCAGCCAGUGACACCCAACAAAACAGAAGCUCCCAAGCAGCAUGCAUCCAGUACAGCCAGUAUGCAGUCUCUGCACUCAGUUUCCAAGGUGACUGAAAAGCCGCAGACUGAAAAUAAAGACCAUGUCAUCAAGCCGCCAGUGUCAGAAGUGCCUGCUAGCACCAACAUUAACAAGCAGGAUGUAGAGUCUAAGGUGGAUCGUCAGUCCUUUGAGAAGUCAAUCUUAAAGCUUGAGGAGCAGCUCCGGCAGCAGAUCCUUGAGUUUGGGGAUGCAGGCACAGUCAGCCCGGAGUUGAAGGCCAAACUCCAUCAGGUAGUGACUGAAAACAUCAAUGGCAUUGCCCUCCAUCAGCUCCCACUGGUAUACAAGAAAAUGUUUGGUGAGGACCUGCCCCUGGCUGAGAGCGGCUUUGUGAACGUGUCGGAGCUGGUGGGGGCCCUGAGCGAUGUCCUCUGCGUCCAGCCCGACUCAAAGGAGGACAAGAGUCACUUGAUGGUGACCCAGGCGUCAGACAACGCAGAGCAGGGCCACUACCUGAGCUGCGAGGACUCCCACUGGGAUGGAACUGCGGAGGAGGACACUGCAGAUGAGCCACAGAUAAAUGCAGAGCAGAAGGUCAACAAAACCAUCGAACAGGUUUUGGAGCAGGUGCCUGUGGACUCUGUGGUGCCUCUGGACUCUGUGGUGCCUCUUGAUGCGGUGCAGAAUCAGAGGCUCAAGGCUCCGACCCGACGCAAGGAGAGGGAGCUGCUGUCUGUGCUGGUGGAGCACGUGGAGUCACCCGGACACUUCUAUGUGCGCUUUGAGGGCCAGGAGUCUAGAAUGCUGGAAGACAUGAUGCUGCAAAUGAGGACCUUCUAUGCAUGCCCAGAGAUGAGCCAGCGCUACAGGCUGCUGGAGGGCUAUGUGCGGCCGGGGCAGGUGUGCUGCGUGGCCCCCAGGGAUAUCUGGUUCUACCGCGUGGUCAUCCUUCAGGUGCUGGACAGCCAGCAGGUGGAGGUGUACUACACAGACUUUGGUGAUGUGAACACGGUGGACAGGGACCGCCUCUGCUUCCUCAAGGCAUGCUAUGCAACUCUCCCUGCUCAGGCUGUCCCUUCGUCUCUCUCUGGGAUCAUGCCAGUUGGGGCCUGCUGGACAGCAAAUGCCGUUGGUUCUUUCCAGAAACUGUGCUGCGAUCGCCUUCUGGUUGCAGCCAUAGACCAUUACCGUGGUGGUUUUAUGCAAGUCUACCUGUGUGACACGCAUACCCACGAGGACACAUACGUCCACAGCACCCUCCUGACUGAGGGACAUGCAAUAGCCUGUGCUAAAGCUGAAUACUUACAGACGUCUGGCAAGUCCAACCCCGUGUCCAUGUACCUGGGGGAUGGUGAACUCAAGCCGGUGAAGAUGCCGGAGUCAGCAGUGGAGGAGUCACAUGUCACAAGUGCCACGCCAGUGACCAGUGAGCCAGAGUCCAUAGAUCAUGUCACUGAGGCAAAGUUCUGCAUGGAGGAAUCCACAUCUCUGCCUAAUAUUCCCGCCCUGGAAUCUGCACCCCCGCCCGAUAUUCCCGUCUUGGAAUCUCCACCCCUCUCUGAUGUUUCUGUCCUGGAAUCUGUACCCUGUUCUAAUGUUCUCCACCUGGAAUCUACAUCCCUGCCUAAUGUUCCCAUGGAUGAAAUGGCCCAACCCAAAGUCAACCCGUUUGAGGCUCUACUGUCAAAAGACGUUCUGAUCUCCAGUGACUGGGACCGAGGCUGGAAUCCUGACAGAAACAGCAGUGCAGAGAAUCAUGUCCUAGAAAUUGCUAAUCAUGACAGCAUCCCUAAGCAUGACUCACUGCCCAGCCCUGUUCCUGUAGAGGAGACUAGUCCAGUGGAGGUGUCAUCACCUCGGACGGAGACCUCACCCCAGGACCACGCACCACCUGCACUCUCCAGAAUCCACACCUUUGGUCUUAAGCCAGACCAAAUCUGCCGCACAGGUGUGGAACCAUCGACUCCGAUUGUUCCAGGUUUAAUCUUUCCGAUGAUCAGCCCUGGGGGUCGGAUCAGCCCGGACAAACUGUUCUUACACCAUGCCUCUCCACUGGCGCUGAGACCGGCCACUCGAAUGGCUGCUGGACUGCACUUCCUCAAGUGGUAACCUUGCAGAAUCUACUGGAUCUGUAAGAACCCAUUAAGGUCUUUAGGAGCUGUGUAGAGUCAUUCGAGUACAAUCUCCACAAUUACGGUAACACAGAGUAGAUUGUCAUUCAUUCCAUGUUUUCUGAUUUUGAAGUUUAAGGCAAAUUUCAUUUAAUUUUAUCAAGUGCAAGACAUUUUUUAUAGAUUUUUUUAAUGUUGUGACCAAAUACAAUAAUGUAUUUGAAUUAUUUGUUCUGCUGUUCCGCAAUGUUUUCUUUGGUUUCAACUAAUGUUGCCUUCAAAAAAAUAACAAAAUGUAAUAGUAAAAAUGACAUCUUUGCUAAUAAAUAAUUCUUUUAGAAUUGU